AUGGCCCUUUCUAAUGUGUUAAUACUCAGCCAAAUCGCUGGCCAUGUAUUUGCAUUCAUUCUUUCCAUGUGUAUCUUCAUUCCGCUCGCCAUUCACGUCCGGUCGUUCGAUGGGCACUGCUUACUGUUUACCACCGGUACAUGGCAAGAAAAGGAUGGUCUCUUCGAUGUGAAAUGGGCGUCGGAAGCAUACUGUAACUACCCCAUUGUCGUCGGCGUUUGCUUGUUCAUCAUUGCUGGAGUUCAAAUCUACAGGAUGGCUUUACUGGCGUACCGAGAGCUUGAGAGUUCCUUUUUGGGACUAUUUUUCGACGUGGUAUUUAGCAUCUCGCUCUGUACAAUGACUCUGAUCGCCGCCAUCACUAUCACGCUUGGUUUCAUGGCCUGGUGCGGUGAGAUGACCGCACGUUUUCCAUCAUGCGAUAUUGCGGAUGGACAGAAUAUAACAAACGUGGAGCUCAACAUUCAAACAUCCGGUUUCUACAUUGAGAUGGGCACGGCACAAUUUGGCGCAUGGGCAUCAUUCGCAACCUGGGUAGGUUUGUCAGUUUUUUCAUUGCUAAAACUAAUCAACAACCAUCAGGUGCGCAACAUCCGCGUCUCGAUGUACAUCGAACGGCAACGCUUGGUAAAUGAAGAGGUGUACCGUAAUACAACAUCCGAGCUCCCGUCUGGAGCGCUGAGUGAUAACUAA